UCCAUCCGGUUUCACUCCCUUUCUUGCAGUUCACCACUAGAUUUUGCUCUUAACGCGUCUCCCGUCAUGGCAUCUACAGUGGAAGUCGGCGUUUCUGCCCUCGUUUACGAUUAUUUAUUAAAAAAAGAUUCAUCACUCGCAAAUAUAUUUCAACAAAAAACAAAAGCACCAUCGUUACCGAAAGGAUCGCCAACAAUUGUCGAUGUUGUAACGCAUUAUCAAAAGAAUGCGACAAAAAAAUUGAUAAUCAAACCACAAAAAAAAGAAAGUAGUCCGGACACAAGUUCCGAAAGCGAGGACGAAACACCACCUCCACCUCCUUCUUCGACAAAGGUAAAAACAGCAGCAGCAGCACCACAAUUAAAUGGCAAAACACCAACAAAAACUGCUGCCAAAAAAGAAGAAUCAAGCUCAGACGAUUCAUCAUCAUCGAGCGAUGAGGAAAAAUUACCAGCGAAAAAAUCACCACAAAAAAUUGUAACACCUGCCAAGGCAAAAACACCGGCAAAAUUAACAAAAACCCCCGCUAAAAAAGAGGAAUCAAGUUCAUCUUCAUCUGACGAUGAAGAAGAAGAAGAGAAAAAACCAAAAUCCACUCCCGUAACAUCGAAAAAUGUUCCACAAUUAGCGAAAGGUAAAAAAGAAGUCGCCAAAACACCAGCGAAAAAAGAAUCAAGUUCCUCGGAUGAUAGUUCAUCAGAGGAGGAAAAAGCGCCGAAAAAAGUGGAAAAUGUAAAACCAACUCCCAAGGCUAAGGUUCAAGCUGCCAAAAAGCAGGAAAGUUCCGAUGAUAGUUCAUCAGAAGAUGAGAAAGAGAAACCAAAACCAAUGCAAAAUUUGAAAAAACCCGCUGCUAAAGCUGUUCCAACAAAGAAAGAAUCUUCAUCAAGUUCCGAAGAGGAGGAAGAAAAACCAGUACAGCCAGUACAAAAGGUAACAAAAGCAACACCGAAAAAGAAGGAAUCAUCCUCUGAUUCCGAUUCAUCCGAAGAUGAAGCACCACCUGCAAAAAUGCAAAAACAGGUGAAAAAACCCGUAGCAAAGAAAGAAUCAUCAUCAUCAUCGGAUGAUAGCGAUGAAGAAGAAGAAGAAAAAAAAUCAUCACCUAAAAAAGUCACAUCACCAAAAAAAACAUUAGCACCUGUGAAAAUCCCCUUAAAAGCAUCGAAGGAAUCAUCAAGCGACGACGACGACGAUGAUUCUGACGAGGAGAAAACAAAAAAAACUCCCGUAAAAGUAGUAACGAAAAAGAAGGCAGAAUCCUCAGAUUCGGAAUCGAGUUCCGAGGAUGAGAAAAAAGUGGUUAAAUCACCAGUGAAGGUGGAAAAAAAGAAGGAGUCAUCAUCCAGUGACGAUAGUAGUGAGGAGGACGAAAAAGUAACACCAAAAAAGAAGGUGGAAGUAGUUAAAAAGAAGGAAUCAUCAAGCGAUGAAGAAUCUGAGGAGGAAGAGAAGCCGAAGAAAAAGCAGAAAAAAACAAAGGAAGUAGUGGAAAAAGAAAAUUCAAAUGAGGAAGAGGAGGAAGAAAAGCCGAAAAAAUCAUUGAAGCGAAAACAUAACGAUGAAAAUGAGGAUGAGGAAGAAGCUUCGUCUAUUGCUAAAACGCCGAAGAAUAAUUAUAGUAAUUUCGUCAAAGCCGGACAUAAUAGUGACAAGAAAAAUACACCAUUCCGCCGUGUUAAGGACGAAGAGGUGGAUGUGUCUCCAAAUUUGGCAAACAAUUCAUUCGAGGCAAAGAGAGGUUCAAGGGGAUCGUGGGGCGAAAGAGCAAACCACGACCUAAAACACACAAGGGGAAAAUCAUUUCGUCAUGAGAAGACGAAGAAGAAACGAGGAAGCUAUCGUGGUGGACAAAUAGAUACAAGUAUCAAUUCCAUUAAAUUUGACGAUUAAAUUAAUUUUUCCGACUUUCCGCAUUUUGAAGAAAAUAUGGAAAAAAUUUUCUUUUUUUUUAAGUAUUGUUUUCUAUUAAUUUUUUUUUGUUUUAAAUCUCUUGUAAACAUUCUACGAUGAUUAUUAUAUUUAAUGGAAUGAAAAAAAAAGACGAUUGAUCGUUAUCUCGAGAUUUUAAAUAAAUUUUUUUUUACUUAGUAAUACGAAAAACAAAAUAUAUUAUAUAUAUUAUAAAUGACCGGUUUAUAUUUUGAAAGGAGUAUAUAUUUUUUUUGUGUAUCCGAAAUAUUGUGAAUUCGGAAGAUUUUUUUUUUUUUUUUUUAUAAAUAGAUCUCGUAAGACGACUGGAAUUAUUAAAUAAUUAUGGAAAAUAAUUAUUUAUUAAUAUUGCAUUUUUUUUUCGAAAAAAAAAGAAUUCAUUAUUAAUAGAAAAUUAUUAGUAAUAAUUUUUGAAUAUUUGUUUCGUGUAUAUUGUGAUUUCCUUUCAAAUAUUUUUGUAAUUUUUUUUUUUCUAUUUCUAGAAAAUAUAAUUCUUAGAUCGAA